CUUAUGAAUAAAACAUUGAUAACUUAAAAAUAUUGCCAAAUGCCAAUAGAAGUCCGCCCUAUGAUAUGCUCAAGGCUUCAUUACAACCCUAUAUAUACAUUCUACCGAGCUUUGCUAUUCCCAACUUCUGUGCUUCAUAAUUCUCCAAAUGGCAGAGCUGCUUCAUUAUGUUCUAUGGUCGAUCUUCUUCGUCACAGCCAUCGCAAUACUUCUUAGACGCAGAUCCUCGAGGAACUUAGCUCUUCCUCCGGGUCCAAGACCGCUUCCGCUGCUAGGCAACCUUCUCGAGCUAGGCCAAAAUCCCCACCGCUCGUUCGCCCUUCUUGCCCGAACCCAUGGACCAGUCAUGUAUCUCAAGCUGGGCAGCCUCCACACAGUAGUCAUUUCCUCUCCAGCCUCCGCAAAAGAAGUUUUUAUAACAAAAGAUCACUCCACCUGCGGCCGACAAGUCCCAGAUGUCAUUCAAGACGUCGGUCACCACCUGGUCUCCGUAGUAUGGUUGCCCCCAAACCAAUCAUGGAGAUAUCUCCGCACUCUCAUGAAGGCCAAUCUCUUCAACGCACAGUCUCUCGAUGCAACCCAACUCCUUCGCCGGCAAAAGGUUCGAGAACUCAUCGCAUAUAUCAACGGGAAGAAUGGGGAGGCCGUGCACAUUGCUCGGGCAGCGUUCUGCACUGUUCUCAAUUUGAUAUCGACCACCUUUUUGUCCAUUGAUAUGAUAGAUAUUUUCAAGUCGGAAUCAGCACAGGAUUUAAAGGAUUUGAUGUCGGGGAUAAUGGAAGAGUUGGGGAGACCGAACCUCUCGGACUUCUUCCCCUUUCUAGCUCCGAUAGAUCUGCAAGGUCGAAGGCGCCGUUUUACCGCAUACUUUAAAAAGUUCAAUGAUUUUUUCGAUGAAGUGAUAGAAAAUAGAUUGGCAGGAGGUGGUGGAAGAAAGAAUCAUGACAUCUUAAGUGCGCUUCUUCAACUAAGCCGAGAAGAAAAUUCCAAGCUUAGCAGGAAAACCAUAAUAUCCUUUCUCAUUGAUUUAUUUGUCGCUGGAAGUGACACCAGCACGACUACGCUAGAGUGGGCAAUGGUGGAAUUGCUUCGUAGGCCAGAACUGAUGGCCAGGGCUCGAGACGAAAUUGCAACAGUCAUCGGGCUGGAGAGAGAAGUGGAAGAGUCAGACAUCUCUAGACUACCAUUCCUCCAAGCGGUUUUGAAGGAGACACUCCGUUUUCAUCCGCCGGCUCCACUUUUGGUGCCUCACAAAACAGAGGAGAGGACGGAGAUAAAUGGCUAUACAGUGCCGAAGAACAGUCAGGUGCUUGUGAACGUGUGGGCGAUAGGUCGAGACGAGCAGGUUUGGGAGAAUCCGGAUUGCUUCAUGCCGGAAAGGUUCGCCGGAGGGUGUGAAAUUGAUUUCCGCGGACACCACUUUGAGCUCUUGCCGUUUGGUUCAGGACGGCGGAUCUGUCCGGGCAUGCCAUUAGGUGUUCGGAUGGUGCAGCUUAUGCUUGCCUCACUCCUACAGUCCUUCGAGUGGAGUUUGCCAGACGGAAUGAAGCCCGAGGAUUUGGAUCUCACCGAAAAGUUUGGUCUCUCAACCGCCUUGGCUGCUCCCCUUAAAGCUAUAGCUACUCCUACCAAACACAAUUAAAGGAUUUUGGAGAUCAAGCAGCGAGCUUCAACACCACUUACGUCCAUGUACGAUGCUACUAAAAAUUACCGACAAAUAUUUUAAUUAGGCACAAUAAACCAUUCAUAAGGGAUCAGAAAUAACAACCGAGAGAUUUAUGAAAGUUACCAACGGUCGGAAAUAGGCUAAUUUGCUACAGUGAUAUUUUGGAAUUACUUUCAACCAUAAUUACAGAAAUUAAACGCCGGGUUGAUUAUUUUA